AUUUUAUUUAAGUCUGCCAAGAAAACACUCCCUUUCAACGAACUGAUAAAUCAGAAUAAAAUGUUUUCUUUUUCAUUUUGGCCGUGUCAAAUGCACCUUCGUACACGCGUACUUGUGUUUGAGAGGACGCAGUGGUUACACAUCUGUGUCCGUCGCGAGGCUCCAGAGUGAAGCGUGCUCAGGUCGCUCCUGCUGCCGAGCCUGUGACUUCUGGCUCCCUGCUUGGUGUCUUCCAGUGAUCCGCACGAGAGACGGAUCUUUUGGGAUCCCUGGGAUCUUAAAUAACCACGCGGUCCGCACCUGGGCUUAACACGUCGUCCACGUCCUCGGCCCAUGCCUGUGAUGAACUGGAGGGGGGCAGCCUACAGUAGGCCUGAAUCUUGCCAAGAGGUGUUAAGUGGAGCGGAGAGAACCCAACCGCCAAGAGGUCAACGUACAACUAAUUCUCUCUCGCUCACAGCGACGACCCUGUACUGCACUGGCGCCCAUUCACACCCAGCCAAAAGAGUUUUCACAGCAGCCCGUUCGGAGGAGCAGUCACCCCGGAGUGCUCUGCCCAAAGGCAAGCAUUCGCCCGGGAGCAGAGCCCACCGCCCAGGUACUCGCAAGCAGAGUCGUGUUGCGAGGAAAACAGCCUCUCCUGCCUCCUUAUAGCACAGUGUCCAUGGCUACUGGACGGGGGCUGUGAACUGGGAAAUUCUGCUCCAGAGGGAGGAAUGCUGCUGUUGCGUUGUUAUCUGUAGCUCAGUUGAUGUAAUGAGAUGUAAGGAAUUCCCCAUGAGGAAGCAGAGCAGAGCCCGCUGCCAGACUGAGGGGAGUGGAGGCUGUGGGCCAGUCAGGUGACUUGUGCACAUCGUCCAGGGCCACAUGUUCACUCUUCUCUUUAUACACGGCUUUGCCUGCAUUGAGACGGGAACAGAAGGGCCAUGAUGACUCAAACACUGCGAGGGUAAUGCCCCCCCUCUCCAGACGUAGAUCCCCUCUACGUUUCCACUCGAGGGUUUUUUCUUCUCUGGCUGGAACGGUGUCGACCUUUCAGUCUUCAGCAGAGUGAAACUGAGUCUGAAGGAGGCGCCCCCGAGGCUCCCAGCUCCUGUGGCACACGCAGGGAUGGGCAGGCGCCCCGGCCAGGCCUGUUCCGCUGGGGAGGCUGUCCUGACGUGUGUGAGGGGCUGGAGAGGAGAAGCCUAGAUCAGACGCCAUCUGAACCUUGUGAAGGUGCGCCGGGCGGAGAGGAAACAGCCCACCCCGCCACAGAGCUGCACGCUGGCACUUGACCUUCGCCAAAAGCCCGGGAUCUGCACAGCGACCUGUUGAGUGGAGCGAGCAUUUCGCCUGGGAGCUGAGCCCCUUCCUCUGGUCACCAAGCCCUGUUUCACUGAGGAACCGGAGCCCGACGGUGAAUGUGUAUCUUUAUCGUGUCCACCACCCUUUUUGUGCGGAGGAAGAGACUCAUAAACUUGAGAACUAACCACGUCGAGCCGCUGCUGCGUUACUUGUCCUAUAGUAACCCCUUUCCAUCUGCAGCGCUGUAGUGCUGACGUGGGCGUGUGCUACUGACUGAGGUCCAAAACUGAAAUGCUUGAGCAUCCUCUGAGGACGGAGGUCCCUCCCCCUCCCCCCGCUACGAGUGUCAACAUCCGGUGGCUCCACAUUGGCCGCGGGCCCGGCCAUACGUGGGAGGGGAGCGUGUGGCGUGAUGAGGACUCCGCUCUGCGGCGGGCCAAUCGGGGCGCCGUGUCCAUGGCAGCGGCGGAACUCCGCGCAGCCGCGGGGGCGGGGCCGGCCCGCCGUUCGAAAGCGAGCGAUGGGCGACCCGGCAGCUUCUCCGCGAGACGCCGCACGCGCCGGCUGUGGGCUACGAGCAGGCACGAUCGCGCAAGGACCCCAGACCCCCCAGCAGCCGCGGUUCCGAGGAUGCACUGUAAGAGCGUUACUGUGACGCUGUGUGAGCCCGCCAUGUCAGCCGCCGCCGUGUUCGAGCACGCGGGAGACCCCGGCUGCCUGCCGCCCUGCGGACCGGAGGACAGCGGCGCUUCCCUGGAUGAUGUCUCGGUGGAGUCGACCGCAAAAGAGUCCUCGGGGGAGGAGUCCGCCGGCGGGAGCGGAGAUGAGGCGGGGACCCCGGCAGCACAGGGACCCCCGCGGGGGGAGGUGGCCGGCGCACAGGAAGACAAGCAGGCGAAGGAAAACGGGGACGUCCGGCGCCCCGACUCCCUGGACCUGAGCUCCUCCAAGCUGCAGCUGUGGACGUCGCAGAGGGACGGGCUGGUGAGUCUGCGGACGGCCGAGUCCGGCCCGGCGGCCGAGCCGCCCGUCACCGUCGACCAGAUGUUCCGCGACGCGGUGAGGAAUUACGGGGACCAGACCGCCCUGGGGUGGAAGGAAGCAGACCGCUGGACCACGCUGACGUUCAAGGAGUACUACGAGAAGUGCAAAACGGCAGCCAAGAGCUUUUUGAAGCUGGGGCUGGAGCGUUACCAUGGAGUGGGCAUCCUGGGAUUCAACUCCGCGGAGUGGUUCAUAUCCGACAUCGGCGCGAUCCUGGCAGGGGGGUUUGCUGUGGGCAUCUACACCACCAACUCGCCCGAGGCCUGCCAGUACGUGGUGGAGAACAGCAAAGCCAACAUCCUGGUGGUUGAAAACCACAAGCAGCUCCAGAAGAUCCUGCAGAUUCAAGACAAGCUCCCACAUUUGAAAGCCAUAGUCCAGUACAAAGAUGCACUGAAAGAGAAGAGACCAAACCUAUACACGUGGGCCGAGUUCAUGGAGCUGGGGAAGGACGUCCCCGACUCCGAGCUGGAGGAGGUCAUCAGCUCCCAGAAGGCCAACCAGUGCUGCACUCUGAUCUACACCUCGGGGACCACAGGCCAGCCCAAGGGAGUCAUGCUGAGCCACGACAAUCUGACCUGGACAGCCUUGGCCACCGCCAGGACCGUGCGGCUGACCGACGCCCGCGUGAGCCAGGAGGUGGUGGUCAGCUACCUGCCGCUCAGCCACAUCGCGGCGCAGAUGAUCGACAUCUGGCUGACCAUGAGGGUCGGGGGGGCCACCUACUUCGCCCAGCCUGAUGCCCUGAAGGGCUCGCUGGCCAACACGCUGCGGGAGGUGCGGCCCACGGCGUUCAUGGGCGUCCCGCGGGUGUGGGAGAAGAUGCAGGAGAAGAUGAAGUCCGUGGGGGCCAAGUCCUCCGCUGUGCGCAGGAAGGUGGCAGCCUGGGCCAAGGACGUGGGGCUGCAGACCAACCUGAACAAGAUGCACGGCCAUGCCUCCACGCCCCUCAACUACCGCCUGGCUAAGAAGCUGGUGUUUAAGAAGGUGCGCAAGGCCCUGGGGCUGGACCGCUGUACCAAGUGCUACACGGGCGCCGCUCCCAUCACCAAGGACACCCUGGAGUUCUUCCUCAGCUUGGACAUCCCCGUGUACGAGCUGUACGGCAUGAGCGAGAGCACCGGCCCGCACACCAUCUCCCUGCCCGACGCCUUCAGGCUCACGAGCUGUGGCAAGGUGAUCCCCGGCUGCGAGACGAAGAUCUCCAACCCUGACAGCGAGGGCAACGGCGAGAUCUGCUUCUGGGGGCGGCACGUCUUCAUGGGCUACCUGGGCAUGGAGGACAAGACGGAGGAGUCGCUGGACUCCGAGGGCUGGCUGCACUCGGGGGACCUGGGCAAGCACGACCAGAACGGCUUCCUCUUCAUCACCGGCAGGAUCAAAGAGCUCAUCAUCACAGCGGGAGGAGAGAACAUCCCCCCCGUGCCCAUCGAGGAUGCUGUCAAGGAGACCGUGCCCAUCAUCAGCAACGCCAUGCUCAUCGGGGACAAGAAGAAGUUCCUGUCCAUGCUCCUCACGAUUAAGUGCAACGUGAACCCCGAUACUGGGGACCCCGAGGACGAGCUCACCCCCGAGGCCCUGGACUUCUGUCAGAAGCUGGGCAGCACGGCCACCAAGGUGUCGGACAUCACGGGGAGCAAAGACAGGGCGGUGUACACCGCCAUCCAGGAGGGCAUCAACCGCGUCAACGAGCAGGCCACCUCCAACGCCCAGAAGAUCCAGAAGUGGACUCUGCUGGAGAGGGACUUCUCCAUCCUCGGGGGCGAGCUGGGCCCUACCAUGAAGCUGAAGAGACCAGUGGUCAUGAAGAUGUACAAGGACCAGAUCGACAACUUUUACAAAGACAUUGUUACCCCAAGUACCCCCGACAAUCCCCUGCCCCCAAAAUAGGCCCCCUGUGCCUGCUGGUUCCCCCGACUGACACACACAGUCCCUGUACAGAUCCCAGCAUAAGCUUCCUCCUGCAAUAACCUGUUUCCUGGCAUCUUUUUUUUUCUGGGCUGUUGUAAAAACAUAUAUGAAAUACUAUUGUAAAAUUGUCAUUAUAUUUUUAAAAUAUUUAUUAAAAUGCCGAGAUUAUUGCUAUACAGUAAUUUAAUUAAGGUCAUUAAUUGGGAACAAAUUUUUAUUUGCUGUGUUUCAUCUGAAGGUGUAACUGUAGUGGAGAAAAGUCGUGUUCAGAGAGGUGCUGUAGUAUAGGGAUAUACAAGGAAAAACAAGAAAAUCUGGGAUGAAACAUGUAAUUUAUUUCCAGUGUUUGUUUCCAUGUUUUUUACAGACUAGAUCAGAGGUGGUGUUAUUGUCUUAGUUAUCCAAAGGUGGAGUUGUGCAAUACAGAGUUGAUUCUUGACUUCGAAGCCAAACAGUCCCAUCGGUCAAAGAUUUCGUCCCUCUUCAGCCACAGAGCAGCCUCGCCUGUUGGUGGCCAUGCACUGUCUCAGCAGGGAUGGUUAUUUUCUUCUUGGCCACAUGCAAUGAAGUACUGCGCCACCUGAGAAGCCAUAAUUAUUUUGCUUGCUUUCACUACUGUUUAAAAAUGUUUCUUUUUUUUAAUUGUCCCAUAUGACUGUGAUCACAGCACUCACCUAUCAAAUGUUAGCAUUUAGUUUUCAUGCCAGUUGUCUUGUACAGGUCAUUUUCCUACCUUUCCUUACUUUGAGUGCUUGAGGUUUCAGCCGAUUCGCGCUCUCGUGCUGCUGUGGCAUGAGGUGCAUAUGAAGUACAAGGUGCAGUAUGGGCUUUUCUGAAUGUCAUGGCCGCCCCACUGAAAGAGCAGAUUGCCCCACAGCUGUGCUGAAAUAAAAAGACCCCAUGGGGCCUUGAACUCCUGAAUCUAAGCCCUACCUGUAUGAAGAACCCAGUGUUCACGGAGGAGGUAAAUGUAUUGUGUUGUAGAUGAUGCUGUUUGCAUUUUAUGAAAAUCAGCUGUUGAAGGUGUGGUUGAUGAAGUGUCUAUGUGCAGAUUUGACAGGCUGGGCAUGUAGUCUACACCAGGACUGUCCUGACUGCAGGCCCUCCAGUCUCCUUUGCAUUUCUUUACUGUAGCCUACACAUAAACUGAUCUUGUUAACUCGCUACUGAGUGAACUGGGAGCUAGCUAUCGCAGAACAGGGGUUGGAAUGGAGUGGCUUGGCUUUUGCAAGAAGAAAACUAAUUACUUCCUGCUCUUUAAGUUCAGAUGAUUUGAAAGAUUUUUGUCGGAAGCUCUCAAGUGAGUGUCCAUAUUGAAGUGUCUUCUGUGUAUGUAGCUACAUUGCAAGCAUGUCCAGAGAGGGACACGUUCAAUUUGGAUUUAAAAAGAUUGUUCAGGUUUUAAAUCUAUUAUGCAUAGAGCUUUUGAGAACUUAUGAUUUUCAGUCUGUCUUAUUACCCCUACUGCUCUUGUGAGAUGUGCUGAGCUAGUGCUGUAAUUAUUUUCUAAAAUUCAUUAAGUUUACUGAAAAGGGGCCAAAACAGCAAAAAUGAAAUAUUACAAAUAGCAUGUUAAAACGAAAGUUUAGCAUGUAAUAUUCUGAAAAACUUUCGACUGUUGUAGACAUGGGUAAAAGAACAUUGUAUUAUCAAGUUUCAAGGGGCAGCUUGCUUGCAGAGGUGCACUGUGAGACAGUGAAGGGACAUCUGACUAACUCGGGCUGUUCAGCUGUAGAAAACAAAUUGCAUGCUAAUUCAGAAAAGGCACUCCUCCUGUCCUUCCUUUCUUUUCUUUCAAGAGCUUUGUAUUUGCUCUGUAUGAUGAAUUGAGACAUGAAGGUGAGACUUGUACAUUUCUACUCAUCUUUCCUUACCAGCUCAUCUUUUUUCUUCCUGUCCUUGGUUUCCAGCUGUGAAAUCAAAACUAGCCAAAAAGGAAUGUGUAUUUCAGCUUGGAGUCAUGAGAUUUAAACAUUUACUAUGAAACGUUUUCAAGUGCUAAGCCAUUUUGUUGUGUAGUUUCUGACAGUGACACUAGUGAUGCAGGAGCACUAAUGUUGUGCAGGGUUGAUGUAAGGGACUAACUCUGAGCUGCUGGUUAGUGUUGGUCCUUUACCUUGUGAUCAUAGCAAAGCCAAAGGAAUUCUGUCUCCAGGAGGGAAAAAUAUUGAUGCACAGCUGGCCUGCUGUUGUACUGGCUCUUCCUGAUUCUCAAAACGUCUGUUUGAAGGCAGCUUUAAUGUGAAAGAGAAGAACUUGUGCUUUUUUUUUUUACCUGUGGUCUGUUGAAUAAAAUGUGUAGGAAUGUUUUGCACUUGCAAAAUACGUAUAAGCAGAACUGUGUGUGUAGCUGUGUUCUCUGUGCAUCCUUUAGAAAUAAACAGGAGAGAUGUA